CAGCAUGUUUCUCGUGUUACAUAUGCAUAUGACAUUUUUAAUUUGUUCUUAAAGACUUUUACAAAAAAAGUUACAUCUUUGGAAAGUGUUGUACCUAGCUUUGCUUUCAGCAAUCAUGUAUAAAGUGGAUUUCAAAGGCAGAAAAACUGGAACUUAAUGCACCUUCUCCCUUUUACUGUCUGUUCUUUUAAAGACUCAACUGUUGAGUCUGCUUAGUCCAGUAAUGAGCUGCAAAGAUACCUGGACUGCAGGUACAACAACAGAACGUGAGAUAAAAGUACCACUAGAAAAAUUAACUGAUCGCCUGAAACAUGUCACCUUCCCUCCGGAAGAAGAGAUUGUAAGUGGCGCUUAUUGGCCCAGAAACCCUGGGGUAAAUGCUCAUAAAGCAUCUGUGGAUGAAACUAUAGCAUUCUACAUGCAGAGUUGUGAGAAGCACGGGGCUGAACCAAUUUCAACAUUAGUGCAACAAUUACAGGAGAUCUCUGAUGCACAAAGACGAGUUCAAUGCCUGAAUCUGAAAGGAGUAAAGUUGGAUGCAAUGGUUUGCGAGACGCUAGAAGAAAUCCUGAAACAAUUCCAAUAUGAGUUUAUUCAUUUAGAAGAAGCUGAGUUGGAAGAAGAAGGAGCAGCAGCACUUUUCGAUAUGUUCACAUAUUAUGACUCAGCCUUCCAGCUUGAUAUUUCAUCUAACAAAAAUAUUGGACGGAGAGGUUGGCAUGCAUUAUCUAACUUAAUUAAACAGAAUACAAGCCUUGAACUUCUAAAAGCAAGUCAGAUACCCUUGGUAGAGAAUGCCGCACUAAGUAUGGCACGUGCCCUGCAGUUCAGCAAACUCAUCAUAUUAUACCUGGAAAACACAGGCCUAAGUGGAAGGCCACUGAUGUUGUUAGUGUCAGCACUGAAGAUAAACAGAAAGUUAAAGAAACUGUACUUAGGUGACAAUGACCUAAAUGACCUUCAGGACUCCAUGUUCUUGGGGGAGCUCCUGCAGUUCAAUCACACUCUUGAACUCUUGGACGUAAAGCACAACCGGAUUUCGGAUGAUGGCAUGGAAGAUAUCUGCAAAGGUCUUCAGCAGCAGCAGACUGCAGGGCUUCGAUCGAUUGUUUUGUGGCACAACCACAUCACGGCAAAAAGCAUGCAACAUUUGGCGACUGCUCUGAUUUAUGCAAGAUGCCUCAAAUCCCUGAACCUUGGCCGAAAUGCUAUCCAGAAUGAAGGAAUUCACAGACUUAAAGAAGCACUCAUCUGUAACCGUUCACUGCAGAAUUUGGGACUGGUUGCAACAAAGAUCACCUGUGAAGGAGCUGUGGCAUUAGCUGAAUUUAUUGUUGAGAGUCCUUGCAUCCAACAUGUAGAUUUACGGAAAAAUGCUAUCAAAACUGGAGGCCUCAUGGCAUUGUCUCUUGCCUUAAAGAUAAGCAAUUCAGUGAUUAAGCUAGAACUCGAUAAAAAAGCAGUGAAUGAGAAGGAGGAAGAUUAUUUUAUUGAUACACAGAAGGCAUUGCUUUUAGAGAUUCGAAACCACAGCAAGCAAAAAUCAUCAGUAAAAAGAAAAGUGCAGAGAUCACAGUCCUCGUCACUAAGUUAAAUGGUGUACUUAUGAAAGUCAGAACAAAAAACAUUGCUCCAUUCCCAAAGUCUUCUUUUACAAAACUGCAAAUAAUUUAUCUUUCAGAUUUUUAGUGGCAUCCUCUCAACCUCAGAGUAGCUGGGUUUGAAAAUAAGAAAUGUUUUGAAAUAAAGGUACUGAACAGCAAAGCAUAUAUGUCUCUAAUAAUGAUAAUCCUUUUUCCUAACCAGGUACGCCCACUGGGCACAUAGGAGUUUUUCAGAGGUGACCUGGGAGCAAUGGCUGGUUGAGACUUGAUCAAGGUCACAUAGUAGGCAAAUGAGAGCUGAGGGAAUCAAACCCUGUAUCACAGGAAGUAAAGCUUGCAACCUUAACCUCUGCACUAACUGCCAGACACAUUAUUCAUACAGUUAACCAGCAUGACUCCAAUGUAAAACAGAUGCUUUCAUGUUUUCUUGUUAGACCCCUAUUUACCUUCAUAUACCCCGUAUCCAUUUAAUUAGUUGCUGCCUGCCUUUCAGUUUCUUCCAGGUGUACAUAGGCAUUUUUGGGCUCUAGCCUAUUGAGGCCAUCAGUAUCAAUGGGUCAUUAAUAAAGAAGACUUGCAAGAGAAUGCAUUCUCUAGGUAAAAAAAUGUAUAUAUAUUUUUCAAUGAUUUAUUUGGCAGGAGGAGGAAUCAUACUGUGAUGCUAACAUUGUCUGCAUAGUUUGUGUUGAUUGUGCAAAGAGACAAGCAAAUAACACCCUCACAUUGUGCAUCAUAACAAAGGGGGAACCUUCAUUGUCCAUCAAAGGUUCUUAUGCAUGGCCUGGUAAGUUAGGCCAUGGCAGGAGAUUGAUUAACCAUUGGGUUUGGACAGACAUAGUGUCGCAGAGCAUUGUCAAAGAAAGAGAGCCUAGACCUUCUAUUAAUGGUCCUGUGCAGGGAGGCACAGGUCAUUCCGCUGAGUCAGGGCCCUUAAUCUUCUGUUCCUGGCUAGUUCUGAAAUAAACAGGACCUCAGGAUGUCAGCACAGCAGAUGAAAACUCCACUGUUUUUCCAGUGAGUUGCAUCUCAGAAAUAUGGAAACAUUUCUCCAGCUUGAUCCAUAUGACAAGGAAGGAGGCAAUUACUGGAUGAGGUUAUCCUAUGUAUUGACAGAAUCAUUAACAUAGUGAGAACAGAGAAACAACUCCAGUUGAUCAUUAAAAAAAACACUUGUUUCAAUUUCAGUGUCUAAAUGUUUACUUCUUGAACUGAUUCUGAAACUGCAUUCAUUUUAUGCCCCCACCAGUUAUUAUACUCCAACGUAUAACCCAGUGAUAUGGGCUGCACAGUUGCCAGUGCCUACAUGAAAUCAGGACUAUUCUGAUUAUAUCAUUGUACUUUCAUCCUUGAUUUGCACUACAGAACAGUGAAACUGAUGACAUUUUGCAAAGCCUGUGACCACCAGCUACUAUUUGCUCCAAAACACUAUUGGCAUAAUCUAAAUUAAUGUGCUGGAUUUUUUAAUGGAUAUAAGACGACUUUUAAGCUUCAUUUAGAAACAAGAACAUAUAACCCAAACUAAUUUGCUUCUGAAUAUGGAUAAAGUACCUGUGCCACAGUUUUCAAAGGUUUGUUAUCCAUCUGGGAAUUAGCAUCUCUUAAACUGUGGCACAAACUAUGGAAUAUUUUGUGCUCUAGUGACCUCACUUGUCAUUUUAUACCAAAUAAUGCAUUUUCUAUGUUUUUUUUUCUGAUUUUGUCCAUUAUUGUGGAAUGUAAGGAGAUGCACACAAUGUGAAUAGAGUUUUGUAUUUUUUAAUUUAAAACGAGGAUCAGUCUAUUUGUGGGACCAAUGAAUCACAUGGAUU